UCCCAGGUGACAUACGGGAGUGUCAUCCAACUCAAACACCUCGCGACAAGGAGAUUCCUAUCCGCCACUAACUUCAAGUACUUCCAUCCUUCUUCCUCCGGACAGCACCAGAUCAUCGCUGUAGACCAGGAGGACGGGUACACACACUGGCGCGUGAUGCCUCGUUCAGGGCAGCGGUGGGAGCUCGUCAAGGACGUUCCUGUCAAGAACGGCGAAGUGAUCCGCUUGUUGAAUUUGCGAACCGGCAGGAACCUGCACAGCCAUGACGGGCCAAUCUCUCCUCUCUCGAAGCAGCGGGAGGUCUCCAACUACGGAGAGGAGUACGGCUCGAUCGACUCCAACGACAACUGGAUCCUCAGAACAGAAGAUGAGUUCUGGUACAUGACGAAGCCUGUCGAGCUCAAGCACGCCCCUACCAAGAGCCCCCUGAUAUCGCGCGACGACUUUGACAACAAGAACUACACUUUUGGCUUCCAAGAAGUUGCGUGC